CUCUUUUCCUUCAUCGCCAUCAUGGGUCGUAUGCACGCUCCUGGAAAGGGUUUAUCCCAGUCUGCGCUGCCUUACAGGCGAAGUGUCCCCACUUGGCUGAAGCUGACAUCUGAUGACGUCAAGGAACAGAUUUUCAAACUGGCCAAAAAGGGACUGACUCCCUCCCAGAUUGGUGUCAUUCUGAGGGACUCCCACGGUGUGGCCCAGGUGCGCUUUGUUACUGGCAACAAGAUUCUGAGGAUCCUCAAGUCUAAGGGCCUGGCCCCAGACUUGCCUGAGGACCUGUACCACCUUAUCAAGAAGGCUGUGGCCAUCAGGAAGCAUCUGGAGAGGAACAGAAAGGACAAGGAUGCCAAGUUCCGUUUGAUUCUUACCGAAAGCAGGAUCCACAGACUGGCCCGUUAUUACAAGACCAAGAGAGUCCUUGCUCCCAACUGGAAGUACGAGUCCUCUACAGCUUCAGCUCUGGUGGCAUAAACCUCAACACACAUUGGAUAAAUAAAGAAUUUAAACC